UUCUGCUGCCUGCCCUGCAAGCUGAAGGACCCGAGUUCGAUUCCUAAUACCAAAAAAACUAUCAUCUCAAACCCAAUCUUUUUAUGUAUAGAUUUCAAAUAUUUAUAUGUAAUUACUCAACACACAUUUAUGAUCUUUUUUGUUGUUUGGUGUUUUGAGACAGGGUCUCACUGUGUAGCUCAGGCUGGCCUCAAACUCCCAGCAGUCCUGCCUCACCCUCCCAAGCGCUGGGAUUACAGGCAUACACGACACCCAGCUCUACCCCCCUCCCAUUUUUAAACUGCAAAGAGUUAUAGCAUGUGAUUGUACAACAAUUCAUUCAACCCUGCCACCCCCACCCCUUGUUAGUCACAGGCACAGCUGUGAUGAAUGUGCUGAAGAGUCUUUUUAUCCCCUUGUGUAGGUGCAGGGUCUGAGAAAUAAUCAAAAGCAAUACACAGUUUUAUUUUUGAUGCUGCUAGAUUACCUUCCUGAAAGAUCGUAGCAGUUUGUGUUCUCACAAAUGGUAGAGGAGAAUGCCUCUUUCUCCUCACUGCCAAUCUCUGGAUUUUACACAUAUGGAUCUCUUUUUUUUUUAAGAAUUUAUUUUUUCAACCCUCCAAAACUGCAGUUGAAUGUUUAUGUAUGUAUUGGCCAUUUGCAUUUCGGCCUGCUGUGUAAUGUCAGGUCUUUGCCUGUUUUUCUUGUUUUGUUUUUGUUUUGAGACAGGGUCUCACUAUGUAGUACAGGCUGGCCUUGAACUCAGAGUGGUUGUCCUGCCUCAGCCUCCCAAGUGCUAGGAUUACAAACGUGCUCCACCAUGCCUGGCUUGCCUGCUUUUCUAAAGAUAAAAUACUAAUACACAUUUUGAAGACUUUCAUGAUUUCAUACAUUGUUAUUCUACAAAGCAUCUAUAUUAAUGUUCACACCAUGUCUUGGAUCUGUUCUGUUUUCAUGAAUCCCACCUUGCUAAGCUGUAUGAAUGAAGCUCAGAUGUACAGAAUGGCAACAUACUUGCUUAACACUGAGUUGUGUACAAGAACGAAAAAAUUUAAUUUAUUCUUUGCCAACAAGUGGUGGGAAAACCCUCGUAGCUGAGAUCUUAAUGCUACAGGAAUUGCUUUGCCGGCGAAAAGAUGUUUUAAUGAUACUUCCAUAUGUGGCAAUUGUCCAAGAAAAGAUUUCAGGUUUGUCAAGUUUCGGUAUAGAACUUGGUUUCUUUGUUGAAGAAUAUGCUGGAAGCAAAGGAAAAUUUCCUCCAACUAAAAGAAGGGAAAAGAAAUCAAUAUAUAUUGCCACUAUUGAGAAAGCACAUAGCCUCGUGAACUCCUUGAUUGAAACUGGAAGGAUUAGUAGUCUCGGUCUGGUUGUCGUAGAUGAGUUGCACAUGAUUGGUGAAGGGAGCCGUGGUGCUAUACUGGAAAUGACCCUAGCAAAAAUCCUCUACACAAGCAAAACAACUCAAAUUAUUGGUAUGAGUGCAACGUUAAACAAUGUCCAGGACCUGCAGGAGUUCCUUCAAGCAGAGUAUUACAGCAAUCAGUUUAGACCAGUUGAAUUAAAAGAAUAUCUGAAAAUAAACCAUACAAUAUAUGCAGUAGACAGCAAAGCUGAAAGCGGCAUGACUUUUUCACGCCUCCUUCAUUAUAAGUAUUCUGAUUCCCUGAAAAAGAUGGAUCCCGAUCACUUGGUGGCAUUGGUGACAGAAGUUAUACCCAAUUAUUCCUGCUUAGUUUUUUGUCCCAGUAAGAAGAACUGUGAAAACGUAGCAGAAAUGUUAUGCAAAUUUUUAAAAAAGGAAUAUCUGAAGCACAAAGAGAAAGAGAAAUGUGAGCUGAUUAACAACCUGAGGAGCAUCAGUGGGGGCCACCUGUGUCCUGUUUUGAAGCGCACUGUGCCCUUUGGAGUCGCCUACCACCACAGCGGCCUCACCAGUGAGGAGAGGAAGCUACUGGAGGAGGCGUACUCCACCGGUGUCCUCUGCCUUUUCGCCUGCACGUCCACCCUGGCAACAGGGAUCAACCUGCCUGCGCGGAGAGUUAUUUUAAGAGCUCCCUACGUUGCUAAAGAAUUUUUGAAGAGGAGUCAAUAUAAGCAGAUGAUUGGCAGAGCUGGUCGUGCUGGAAUAGAUACCAUUGGAGAAAGUAUACUUAUAUUGCAAGAAAAAGACAAGCAAAAGGUCUUGGAGCUAAUAAGCAGACCACCAGAAAACUGUUAUAGCCAUCUUGUUCAGGAAUUCAACAAGGGAAUUCAAACUUUGUUUCUCUCUUUGAUUGGCUUAAAGAUUGCAACAAAUCUUGGUGACAUAUAUCGCUUCAUGAAUGGUACAUUUUUUGGUGUUCAGCAAAAGAUUUUAUUGAAAGAAAAAAGUCUCUGGAAAAUAACUGUCGAAUCACUUAGAUACCUGACAGAAAAAGGACUCCUACAAAAAUGCCCUAAUCCAGAGUCUGAAGAAGAGUUGCAUUGUAAUUUUCAUAUUACCAAAUUGGGGAAAGCUUCUUUUAAGGGAACUAUAGAUCUGGCUUACUGUGACAUUCUCUACAGAGACCUGAAGAAGGGUCUUGAAGGUCUGGUACUUGAAAACCUUCUUCAUCUAAUCUACCUGACAACUCCCUAUGAUCUGGUUUCUCAGUGUGACCCUGACUGGAUGAUAUACUUCAGACAGAUUAGUCAACUCAGUCCAGCUGAGCAAAAUGUAGCUUCUCUCCUUGGAGUCUCUGAAAGCUACAUUGCGAAGAAGGCAUCAGGUCAAGCCACCAGGAAGAAAGUAGACAAGGACACUGUCAACAGGCUCUACCUCUCUUUUGUCCUCCAUGCCUUGCUCAAAGAGACCAACGUUUGGAAUGUGUCUGAAAAAUUUAAUCUUCCUCGCGGAUCUAUACAAAAUCUGCUCACUGCUGCUGCCUCCUUCUCGUCCAGCGUGUUACAUUUCUGCGAGGAGCUUGAAGAGUUUUGGGUUUACAGAGCCCUUCUGGUGGAACUUACCAAGAAGCUGACAUACUGCGUAAAGGCAGAGCUGAUCCCACUCAUGGAAGUCACUGGUGUCUUAGAGGGUCGAGCAAAACAGUUAUACAGCACAGGUUACAGAAGUCUAAUGCAUUUGGCCAAUGCUGAUCCAGACGUGCUAAUAAAGACAAUCGAUCACUUGUCACGACGCCAAGCCAGGCAAAUUGUUUCAUCUGCAAAGAUGCUGUUGCAAGAGAAGGCAGAAGCUUUGCAGGAAGAGGUGGAGGAGUUACUGAGGGUGCCCACCGAUGUCCCCAGUGCAAAGGCCUGAAGCAACCUGAUACACAUUUUUAAGUUGGAAUUACUGUAUUUAUUGCAUAUGUUUUAUUAAAGAUUCCCACCCUUUGUAAAUGAAGAAAUAUAUUUUAAUUAUAUACUAAGAACUAUGGGUGAUGUUUUGC